AUGGCCACCCAAUACGAAAUCGAGCACAAUGUGCAGUUCGCCGAGCCUCGUCGUGGCCGACGGGUCGACAUGUCCUCCUUCUUCGCCCUCCUCAACACACUCUCCGAUUCCGACCAGAGCCACCACCGACCUCACGCGACGCCCACGCCCGUCGAUCACGCGCAUCUCUUCCGCCUGCUGCAAGACCAACUCCUCACACUGCAGACCACCAGCCCCGACGAGGGCAACCGGGACUUUCUGGAGCAGUUGAUCGCCGGCUUGGAGGGAGACAUCAAUGAUCCGCCCAGGGAGAUCCAGGGCGUGAGCCAGGAGUUCAUUGAUACCCUCGACCGCGUGACGAAACGACGGCUCAAGCCAGAAGACGACUGUGCCAUCUGCAAGAUUCCAUACCUCGAGGACGAGUAUCCCCUGGUGGUGCAACUACCCUGUGCGGGCAAGCAUCGCUACGAUCUCGAGUGCGUGGGCCCCUGGCUCAGGAGCAAAGGCACCUGUCCCAUGUGCAGAGAGCAACUCGGCAAGAGGAAACAGGUCAUCGUUGAGGAUGAUGAGGAGGAUGAGAAUCCAGAUAUGCUGUAUUCGUAACGUGUCAUGAGUGAGAAUGAACGAACGAUUGGGUUUGGCAGGCAAUGGGAAGCGAGGCGUUGACAUGACCAAGAAUGCAUCAUUUGGUGUUCCAUCAUCGAUUACUAUCCCAUCUCACAGAGUCUUCAUAGUCUCGACGGUCUUGUCCGUUUUGCUCUUGACGUCGCUGUCCGCAGCACCAGACAACGUCUCGAUGCGCUGCCGCCAAAAGUCCCACCUCUUCUGUGUCAAACCGGGUUCGCCGGCCUCAAAAAGCUGUCCGGCCUUGAACAUGCGCUUCUCCUCCUCGUCCAGCUCUCGGGUGCUGUUCACCCUGUCCUUCAGAUCCUUCCCGGCGUAGGCCACCCACGCGUGCGCGAUGAGAAGCGAGGCAUCACGCUCCCUGUCAUUCUGAGGCUCCCGCUCAAGGGCAGAACGGAGAGCCCAGAGAGCAAAGUUGUCCCAGGUGACGAGGUGGG